ACAGACCAAUUCAUUGGAAACCUCAAUUGCCCAACUUGACAGAUCAUUUCUUUUUCAUCUAAUUCAUGUCAAGAGUUGUUUCUUUAUCUUUAAAUGAUUGAUGAAGCAAUUGGUCGGAAAAAAUUAUCAGCAGUGAAAGUGAUGAUCAUGUUCAUCAAAUGAUGAUGAGAGAUGACAAAAUUCUCUGGUCUAAAGAGUGAUGACAAAAUUCUGGAAAAGCAAGUGAGCAAGCAAAAGCACAACCUAAGGUCUUUCUCUCUCUGAGAAUUUCUUAAAAUUUAAUCACAUGAAAGAAAAAGAUGAAGAGGAAGAUAGAAUAUCCAGUCAGUGGGCCCAACCCCUAUCACUUGUUCAAAACAUGAACGAACAACUAUAGAACUACUUUUCUUUUAGAACUAUCUAUCCUGUAGCUGCUCCAACUGUAAUAACUACCAAAUGUCCUCCUACACUCAACUGCUCUCACCUCUCUCUGGACCCUUACCUUCUUCGCAAACACUUUCUUCCCUCCAAAUCCACCAACCCACAACUCUUAAAAGAAACACUUUAAAGCAAUCUCCUAUACUCAACCAACCCACCACCACCACCUCUCCGCCAAAACUCUUAUCCCAUUCUCGCACUCCGGCCUCAUGGAUCGAAACCCUUCGCUCCCAAACCCGGUCCAAUCAUUUCCGAGAAGCCAUUUUAACGUACAUCGAAAUGACUCUUUCGGGUAUAGUACCCGACAACUUUGCUUUCCCGGCAGUUCUCAAGGCCGUUACAAGCCUUCAGGACUUGAAUUUGGGGAAGCAGAUUCAUGCCCAUAUCGUGAAAUUUGGGUAUGGAUCAUCUUCAGUGACCGUGGCUAAUACACUUGUAAAUGUGUAUGGAAAAUGUGGAGAUAUAGGAGAUGCAUGCAAAGUGUUCGAUGGAAUAAUUGAGAGAGAUCAAGUUUCUUGGAAUUCGAUGAUUGCUGCUUUGUGUCGGUUUGAGGAAUGGGAACUAGCUCUUGAGGCGUUUAGGUCGAUGUUAAUGGAGAAUAUGGAGCCUAGCUCCUUUACUUUGGUGAGUGUGGCACUUGCUUGUUCUAAUUUGCACAAGCGUGAUGGUUUGCGGCUUGGAAAGCAAGUUCAUGCGUAUAGUGUGAGAAUGAGCGAGUGCAAAACAUUUACAAUCAAUGCUUUAUUGGCAAUGUAUUCUAAAUUAGGAGAAGCUGAAUACUCGAGAGCUUUGUUUGAGUUGUAUGAGGACUGUGACAUGGUUUCAUGGAACACGAUGAUAAGUUCAUUAUCUCAGAAUGACCAAUUUAUGGAAGCAUUAGAGUUCUUCCGCCUUAUGGUUCUUGCCGGAUUUAAACCAGAUGGGGUCACAGUUGCAAGUGUUCUUCCUGCCUGUUCUCAUCUGGAGAUGCUAGACACAGGGAAGGAAAUACAUGCUUAUGCCUUGAGAACCAAUGAAUUGAUUGAGAAUUCUUAUGUGGGUAGUGCUUUAGUUGACAUGUAUUGCAAUUGCCGACAAGUUUCAAGUGGUUGCCGUGUUUUUAAUGCUGUCUUGGAGAGGAAAAUUGCACUUUGGAAUGCAAUGAUUACUGGUUAUGCACAAAAUGAGUACAACAAGGAGGCCUUGAACCUGUUCCUUGAAAUGUGUGCUGCCUCUGGGCUUUCUCCAAAUUCUACCACAAUGUCAAGUAUCGUGCCAGCCAGCGUGCGGUGUGAAGCAUUCUCUGAUAAAGAAAGUAUCCAUGGUUAUGUAAUAAAGAGGGGUCUGGAGAAGAACAGGUAUGUGCAAAAUGCACUUAUGGACAUGUACUCCAGGAUGGGGAAGACACAAAUUUCAGAAACUAUAUUUAACAGCAUGGAGGUAAGAGACAUAGUGUCUUGGAACACCAUGAUCACUGGUUAUGUUAUCUGUGGACGCCAUGGUGAUGCACUUAAUCUGAUAUAUGACAUGCAGAGAGUGAAAGAGAAAAAGAACAUGAAUGAUAAUGCUUAUGAUGAUGAAGGAAGGGUUCCUCUUAAGCCAAAUUCUAUAACAUUCAUGACAAUUCUUCCCGGUUGUGCUGCAUUGGCAGCACUUGCUAAGGGGAAAGAGAUUCAUUCUUAUGCUAUUAAACAUUUGUUGGCAUUUGAUGUUGCAGUAGGAAGUGCACUGGUUGACAUGUAUGCGAAAUGUGGCUGCAUAGAUUUAGCUAGAGCUGUGUUUAAUCAGAUACCAAUAAAGAAUGUGAUCACCUGGAAUGUACUUAUCAUGGCUUAUGGGAUGCAUGGGAGAGGGGAGGAAGCCUUAGAACUAUUUAAGAAUAUGGUGGAUGAAGGAUGUCGGAAUAAAGAGGUAAGACCUAAUGAAGUUACUUUCAUUGCACUGUUUGCAGCAUGUAGCCAUUCUGGGAUGGUAGAUGAAGGACUGAAUUUGUUUCACAAAAUGAAAAGUGACCAUGGGGUUGAACCCGCAACAGAUCAUUAUGCUUGUGUUGUGGAUUUGCUUGGCCGGGCAGGUAAUGUGGAGGAAGCAUAUCAACUUGUCAACACCAUGCCUUCUGAGCUUGAUAAAGCAGGUGCCUGGAGUAGCUUGCUUGGUGCUUGUCGAAUUCAUCAGAAUGUAGAGAUUGGGGAAAUUGCAGCUAAUCAACUCCUGGAGUUGGAGCCUAGUGUGGCUAGUCACUAUGUUCUACUCUCAAAUAUAUACUCAUCCUCUGGGCUUUGGGAUAAGGCAAUGGAUGUUCGGAGAAAGAUGAAGGAAAUGGGAGUGAAGAAAGAGCCUGGUUGUAGUUGGAUUGAGUUUGGAGAUGAGGUUCAUAAGUUUUUGGCUGGAGAUUUGUCACAUCCACAAAGUGAACAGCUCCAUGAAUUUCUUGAAACCCUGUCAGAGAAGAUGAAAAAGGAGGGUUAUGUGCCUGAUACUUCUUGUGUACUUCACAAUGUUGAUGAGGAGGAGAAAGAAACUCUACUCUGUGGGCACAGUGAAAAACUGGCACUAGCAUUCGGCAUUCUCAAUACCCGUCCUGGGACUACCAUUAGAGUUGCCAAGAACCUUAGAGUCUGUAACGACUGCCACAUGGCGUCAAAGUAUAUCUCAAAGAUACUCGACAGGGAGAUCAUCUUAAGAGAUGUAAGAAGGUUCCAUCAUUUUAAAAAUGGAACUUGUUCAUGUGGAGAUUAUUGGUAAAAGAAAGGUACCUAAAAUUAAUUCUUCUUCAA